CGGGUCCGCAAUCACCCUCCUCCGCCUCCCGGAAUCCCUCCCUCUUCCUCGCCGGCGGCGACUGCAGCGGCUGCGGCGUCACCUCGCUCCCACCCUCCCAAGCGCCGCAAUGUGCCGGACUGUGAUUGAAAUCGAGAGUAGAUAAUCCCGCAAACCCUCGCGUUGAUCUUAUCGAGAGAAGCGUCCGCCCCUUCCAUUAAUUUCUGCGGCAAAUAGUUUCCCGCAACUGAAAAAGUUCGUCCAUUGCUUCCCAACUUCUUGGUUUCAUCCUCACGUUGUCCUGCUUGAUGCACCCUGUUUCAGUAAUUUAGGAGUUGCGGAUGCUUGAUUUUGUUGAUUUUCCUUCUUCAUUAGGCGCUUUUUUCGAGGUGGUGAACUUAAAGCUUGGUCACUGAAGGAUAAUGUGGAAAAGGCAUAUCUGCAACCAUCCGAUAGAUGGAACUCCCUUUGAAGCACUUUAUAAUGGAUCUUGGCACGGAGUGGAUCAUAUUAGCAUCAAGAAUGGAAGCACUUUUGCAAAGAUAAACUACAAUGGUUCCAUGGUUUUGGAUAAAGUAGAUGGUGAUUGUUUACGCAUGCGAUCUCGGAAAGCAAGCUCAAGUGAUUGCAUCCACCUUUUGAAGCCUGGUACUGAUGUGUGUGCGCUUUCAGGUCAGGUGUCAUUGUGGCAUGAUGCUAAAAUCAUCACAAUCAAGAAAGCCCCUCAUGAUGAUUACUGCACCUGUUUAUUUAAUGUCAUGUUUUUUACAAAUAAAACUACUAGUGAGAAGAAUGACACUAAUAAUAGAUGGGCCGAAGUGGUUCCUAUUGAGAAUAUUUCCAUACUUCAGAAGGUCCAAAGUGAACCUUGGGGAGAUGGAUGUUACAAGUGGAACUCGACUGUAGACUGUGUCUCAAAUAAUAAAAGUAAGUUGCUCAAUGAUACAGUUUCCUCUGAGGUUGCAUGGAUGCUUGUGUUAUCUACUCUAAAAGGAAUGAGCUUUGAUUUGAAGUCGGUGAAAGAAAAUUUAGUAUAUUUCAUCCAGAAAAUGCAAGAAGAUUCAUCUGAUCUAAAUAAUAAGCAGCCAGAAGGUGACAUUGACACAACUCAUCCAACUUCCCAAAAGAGAAUAAAGGCUUUGCACUUCCAGAUAUCCAACAAGAUACUGCGACCUAAAAUUGUAACACUUCUCAUGGAAGCUUCUGAGGAAGUGCCUCCUAAAAAGGCUUCUGAGAAAAUGCCUCUAUCAGGGGUUGAAUCCUUUAAGGAUGAUGAGGGAAGUGACUCAGAAGUUGAGAUUUUGUAUCAAAAAUCAAGUCUGAGGCAUUCAAAACGUCUAAAAACUGCUCCGGAUCGUUUUAGUAGCUAUUCGUCACCAAAUUUUAACCGCCCAGCUAAGAAGAUUGUGCUGCAAGACAUGAAUAAAGGUGAGAUACAACCAUAUAUUCCUUUCACAUUUGAAUAUUUGAUGGAUGAAGAUCCAGCUUCUGUGGUAUUGAGAGAAAAUAAAUCAUCGGAAGAAAAAACAACAAUGCUAGACUCGCAACAUUCUUCUAUUGUGAGCGAAGUGAAACUGAUAGGUUUUCACAAAAGAGGUCGACCCCGAAGUAAGAUCUUAAAUUCAGAUGAAAUUGGCCAUAUGAUGCCACGUAUAUUCAAGAAAUCAGAGAGCAGUAAGAAAACAGCAAAUAUAGAUGAUAUUGACCAUAUUGUGCCAUGUUUAUACAAGGAAAGAGUGAACUGUAAGAAAGCAACAAAUCCAACUGAAUGCAAAGAUGCAAUGGAGAAGUGCAUGGGAAACAUUAGAAGGCAAAUUGAGGGUCAGUUUGAGUCAAUUGUGAGAGAAGAAGCAAAUCAGCCAACAGCUUUUAAUGAAGAUGAAGAUUUUAACUGGACACCAUUGGCCAAUGCUCCUGUGGAGAAAGAUGAGCAUGAAGAUUUGUGGAAAGAAAUGGAUCAUUGUCUGACAACAAUUGCACUUACUGAUCAGAAGCAGGCUAUGGACAUGGAAUCCCCUUGUAAAGAUGCUCUCGAUUCAGUAGAAGAUGGUGAGGAAAAAUGUCAGCAUGAUUUCAAGCUGGAUGAGGAGAUAGGACUGACAUGCCGAUUAUGCCACCUAGUAUGCACAGAAAGGAAAUAUGUUUUCCAAUCAUUUUUGAAAUGUAAUGAUUGGGUUUCAUUUAAAGAGAAAUUUGAUGCUCAAAAGCUUGACUGGGUCGAAAAAUUAGAUAUGGAUUGGAACUCCACUAGAGAUCCCAUUUCCUUGAGAGAAAAUUCGCUGUCAGAAACUUGUGAGAAUGUAUGGUCUUUAAUAGAUGAUCUCCAGUCAAAAUUACAUCUUCAUCAAAAGAAAGCAUUUGAAUUUAUUUGGAGGAAUGCUGCCGGGUCUUUGGUUCCUUCAGAAAUGUUGCAAUUGCCGGAGAAAACUGGUGGUUGUGUGAUCUCACACUCUCCCGGGUCAGGAAAAACAUUGCUUAUAAUCGCAUUCAUUGUCAGCUUUUUGAGACUAUUUCCUAGAAGUCGACCCUUGGUGCUUGCCCCGAAGUCUGCCAUUCAUACCUGGCGCAAGGAAUUUCAGAAAUGGAGGAUACCGGUCCCUGUUCAUCUGAUUCAAAGGGACAGAAGCUAUGAGAAAGAAAUUCUAUUUUACAGAUCUAAGCUUCUGUCUCUGAGGACUAGAAUGCCGAAUAGGAAGAUGAUGAAAAUAAUGGAUAUGCUCGAAAAGUUAAGACAGUGGCAUGAAAACCCAAGCAUUCUGAUGAUGAACUACUCUUCCUUCUUCUCCUUAGCAAAGCAAGACUCAAAACAUGAGUAUGUUAGGUUCAUGGCAGAAGUUCUGCUAAAAAGUCCCGGGAUUUUGAUUCUCGAUGAGGGUCAUAAUCCAAGAAGCACCAAUUCGAAGCUAAGAAAGCUCUUGAUGGAAGUUAAGACAGAAAAUAGAAUUCUUCUAUCAGGAACUGUUUUUCAGAACAACUUUGAAGAAUAUUUCAAUACCUUAGCUUUGGCCAGACCGAGCUUUGUUGAUGAGGUUGUCAGUGAGUUGGACUUGGAUCCACAUAGAAGAAAGCUAAACCGAGAGAAGAAAAAACAUCGUAAAGAGAGACUAGCAAGGAAGCUUUUUGUGGAAAAGAUUGGACAAAGUAUCGAAUCAAGCCAAGAGCAUGACAGGAAGCAGGGGUUUGAACUAUUGAAUAAAAUGACAGGCAGGUUUGUCGAUGUUUAUGGAAAUGAGAUAUUAGGGACACUCCCUGGUCUGGAAAUUUACACUAUCAUGUUGGCAUCGACAGAUCUUCAGCAGAAAAUGUUGGUGAAGUUACAAAAAUCAAUAACACACAAAAGAUACCCUAUCGAAGUGGAGUUAUUGAUUACAGUUUGUACUAUUCAUCCGUGGCUGGUAACAACAGUAAAUUGUGUGUCAACUUAUUUCAAUGCUGAGGAGUUGGAAAUCAUCAAAAACUGCAGAGAACAUUUGGGGAUUGGUUCUAAAACAAAGUUCUUAAUUGAUCUUGUCCACAAAUCCAAUAGAAGGGGUGAGAAAGUUUUGGUUUUCUGUCACAAUAUCUCUCCGCUGCACUUUCUCGUCGAUAUGUUUAAGCUUGUCUUUGGGUGGAACAAAGGAGAAGAAGUUUUGGUUCUUCAAGGUGAUCAAGAGCUGCCUGUCCGUGCAAGAAUCAUGGACCAGUUCAACGGCGACACUGAUGGCAAAUGCAAGGUGUUGCUCGCAUCCACAACAGCUUGUGCCGAAGGCAUUAGCUUGACAGCGGCAUCUAGAUUGGUCAUGUUGGACUCGGAGUGGAACCACUCGAAGACCAGGCAAGCAAUUGCUCGUGCAUUCAGACCAGGACAGGAUAAAGUAGUCUACGUCUACCUGUUACUAGCAUCAGGAACAUGGGAAGAAAGCAAGUCCCGGAGCAACGCACGCAAGGCUUGGAUGUCAAAGAUGAUUUUUCUCGGGCGGUAUAUUGAGUUUUCUUCUUCCAAACAAGUAGAACAUAUCGACGACGAACUCCUGCACGAGAUGGUGGAGGAAGAUGAGAGCAAAUCCUUGCAGAUAAUCCUGAGACCUGACUAGAUCCCAAAAUCUUUUGCCACAAAUGUAAAUGUGAGUCUCCUAUUUCUCUUCCAAAACUUGCCAUUUUGUCUUGAUAGGCAUGAAGGAAUGAUCAAUAACUAGUGGUAUUCACAAAUAUAUGCUUUCACAUCGGAAUCUAA